UUUAUUUAUUUUUUUUCUUUGCGUUCUUAAACUUAUAUCUACUUCCCAUUUUAUUACAUGCCUCUUUCCAUUCACCCGUCAAGAGCAUUUCAAGCUUAUCAAAUCUUUUCCGCCAAUACAAAUGUAGGAAAGACUAUAUUUGCCACUGGUCUAUGCCGUGCAGCAGCUGAAGUUGCUUCCUCCAGGAAAAACGAUCACCAACUGUUUUAUCUCAAACCUAUACAAACUGGUUACCCUGUAGAUAGUGAUGAAAGACACGUCAAAACAUUCAAUCCUUCUAAUUUACAAAGCCAAACACUUUAUGCAUAUCCAGAUCCUGUUAGUCCUCAUAUUGCUACUGACAAGCCUCCUUCCGAUGACAAAGUACUAUUGAAAACCAAACAAUACAUGCUGGAUUGUAUCAAGAAAAGUCGUGACGGUGGUGCGUAUUUUUUUUUGGAAACAGCAGGUGGAAUUCACAGUCCAGUGAUGUCUGGUACUUCUCAAGCUGAUUUUUAUCGUGCUUUUCGACUUCCAACUAUUCUUAUUGGUGAUGGACAAUUAGGUGGUAUCUCUACUACCACAACCUCAUUUGAAUCUUUACAUAUUCGUGGUUAUGAUGUACCUUCUAUUUUAUUAUUUGACCAUGAGCGAUGCAAGAAUCAUGAAUUACUUUCCACUCGAUUAGGUGAUCAGAAAAUCGAUAUUACUGCUGUACCUCCUCCUCCUUCUCCUAAUCCUGAUCCAACAUUAGAUCAACAAGCCAUGAAGAAAUAUUAUGAACAACUGGAUGAAUACUUGGUACCUGUAAUGGAACGAUUGGAUUUGAAACAUCAAGAACGAUUUGAUAGGUUAGAAUCUAUGGCCGAAAAGUCGCGUGAAACAUUUUGGUGGCCAUUCACUCAACACAAUAUGGUAAAGGAAGUGACAGUGAUCGAUUCAGCACAUCAAGACCAUUUUGUCACUUAUACCAAACCAUCAUCAUCAUCAACUACGACCAAUGUGGAAGCCAAAGAAAUGUUUGACAGUUGUGCAAGUUGGUGGACGCAAGGUUUAGGACAUGGGAAUCCAAAAUUGACAUUGGCGGCGGCUUAUGCAGCUGGAAGGUAUGGUCAUGUGAUGUUCCCUGAAUGUGGCAAUGAAUCAGCCUUGUCUUUGGCAGAAAAAGUACUUGAACGAGAUACUUGGGCAUCAAGGGUUUUCUAUUCUGACAAUGGUAGCACAGCGAUGGAAGUGGCGCUCAAAAUGGCAAUGCGAACAGCAGCAAAACGAUAUGGAUGGUUGGAUGGUGAAGAAAGACCGGUGGAUAUAUUGGGUAUUGAUGGAAGUUACCAUGGUGAUACUAUCGGUACAAUGGAUGCUUGUUCUCCCAACGUCUACAAUGAACAAGUACAAUGGUACAAACCUCGUGGACAUUGGCUUCAACCUCCUUCGGUUCAUAUCUCUCAAGGUAAACCAUACGUACAAGUUCCAAAGCAAGUGACAGGCAAGGAUGCUAUGCAAGUGGGUUAUGACAGUGUUUCAACAAUCUAUUCUGUGGAUCAACAAAAUGAUCAACGCGAUCCUGGUUUGGCAAAUAUUUACAGACAGUAUAUCCGCAAGGAAUUGGAUGGACUCAGACAACAAGGUCGACAAAUUGGUGCUCUAUUAAUGGAACCUUUGAUCAUGGGUGCUGGUGGUAUGAUCUUUGUUGAUCCUUUGUUCCAACGUACUUUGGUAGACGUCAUUCGUAAUGAAGGCAAGGAUUUACUUGGUUAUAAAAAUGUAUCAGCUUCUUCUUCGUCUUGGCAAGGACUUCCAAUUGUUUUCGAUGAAGUAUUCACAGGAUGGUAUCGAUUGGGUCGAUCUUCUGCCUCUGAUUUCCUUGGUGUGAAACCUGAUAUUGUAGCUUAUGCGAAAACUUUGACUGGCGGAUUACUUCCUUUGGCUUUGACUGUAACUAAGGAAUCUAUUUUUGACACCUUCUUAUCUGACAACAAACCUGAUUGUUUACUACAUGGUCAUUCAUAUACAGCUCAUCCAAUGGGAACGGAAGUAGCAAAACAAACUAUUGAUAUUCUAGAUAAUGUUGCAUCAAAUGGUACAUGGCAAUCCUAUCAGCAAUCAUGGAAACAACAAGAUGGAUCCAAUACUUGGUCCAUGUGGAACUGGCAUACUGUUCAACAGAUUUCACAUCUUCCUAACGUUGAAAGCGUGAUGGCACUUGGUUCUGUUCUUGCUGUGAAUUUGAAGGAUGAUCAAACAAAAGGCUAUGGAUCAGCAGUGUCAGCUUCAGUGAUUCAACAAUUACGACAUGGUAAUUAUUUAGAUGCAGCUGGUACGAACAUCAACCUCUUUGCAAGACCUCUUGGAAAUGUGAUUUAUUUGAUGACUUCUCAAGUGACAAGUGCAAAGGAUAUUGAAGAAUGCGAACGCAUCCUUUUAUCUACUCUGACGAAUAAUAAGAAAUAGAUAGAACAUUUAGAUUGGUAAUAUUAAUGAUUAUACACUUUAUUUAAUUAUUUUUUGGUGUGUGUAUUGUAUUUGUAUUGUAAAAAAGAAAAGAAAUAAAAUCGAAAACCUUUUUUUUUUUCU